AUGACAUUUCUUUUAUCAGUUAAUCGAGAUAAGAAACAAGACAAACGUUCCUUUCGGUUUAUCUUCCCAAAAUUUCCUUUCUGGUUUAAUAUUCCCAAAGUUCCUUUGUUGUUUUAUAUUCCUAAAGUUCCUUUCUGGUUUUAUCUUCCAAAGUUCCUUUCUUCACUUCCCCCCAUUUUCCCAAAGUUCCUUUCUGGUUUUAUCUUCCCAAAAGUUUCUUUAUUGUUUUAUCUUCCCAAAGUUCCUUUCUGGUUUUAUCUUCCCAAAGUUCCUUUGUUGUUUUAUAUUCCUAAAGUUCCUUUCCGGUUUUAUCUUCCCAAAAGUUCCUUUCUGGUUUUAUUUUCCAAAGUUCCUUUCUUUUUAUCUUCCCAAAGUUUCUUUCUUGUUUUAUCUUCCCAAAGUUCCUUUCUGGUUUUAUUUUUCCCAAAGUUCCUUUCUGGUUUUAUCUUCCCAAAGUUUCUUUAUUUUUUAUCUUCCCAAAGUUCCUUUUCACUGGUUUUUCCUUCCCAAAGUUCCUUUGUUCACCUUCCUAAAGUUCCUUUCUUUUAUCUUCCCAAAGUUUCCUUUCUGGUUUUAUCUUCCCAAAAGUUUCUUUCUUUUUCCAAAGUUCCUCUUCCCAAAAAGUUCCUUUCUUCACCCCCAUCCAAAGUUUUAUAUUCCCAAAGUUCCUUUGUUCACCCCAUCCUAAAGUUCCUUUCUUUUAUCUUCCCAAAGUUUCCUUUCUGGUUUUAUUUUCCCAAAGUUCCUUUUCUCCAAAGUUUUAUUCUUCCCAAAGUUUCUUUAUUGUUUUCUUCUUCCCCAAAAAGUUCCUUUUUUUGGUUUUAUAUUCCCAAAGUUCCUUUCUUCACCCCCAUCCAAAGUUCCUUUCUUCACCCCUGGUUUUAUUUUCCCAUCCAAGUUCCUUUCUGGUUUUUCUUUUCCCCAUCCAAGUUCCUUUCUUCACCCCCUUCCAAAGUUUCUUUAUUGUUUUAUCUUCCCAAAGUUCCUUUCUGGUUUUAUCUUCCCAAAAGUUCCUUUCUUCCUUUGUUGUUUUUUUAUUCCUCCAAAGUUCCUUUCUUCACCCCAUUUUCCUUUCUUCCCCCCAAAAGUUCCUUUCUGGUUUUUCUUUCCCCCAAAAGUUCCUUUCUUCACCCCAUUUUUCUUCCCCCCCCAAAGUUUCUUUAUUGUUUUAUCUUCCCAAAGUUCCUUUCUUCACCCCCCAUCCAAAGUUUUUUCUUCCAAAAGUUCCUUUGUUGUUUUAUAUUCCUAAAGUUCCUUUCCGGUUUUAUCUUCCCCAAAGUUCCUUUCUGGUUUUAUUUUCCCAAAGUUCCUUUCUGGUUUUAUCUUCCCAAAGUUUCUUUCUUGUUUUCCAUCUUCCCCCAUCCAAAGUUCCUUUCUUCACCCCCAUCCAAAGUCUUUCCCCCCCAUCCUUUGUUGUUUUUCUUUCACCGCCAUCCAAAGUUCCUUUCUUCACCCCAUCCAAAGUUCUUUCUUCCAAAUUUCCUUUCUUCACCCCAUUUUCCCAAAGUUCCUUUCUUCACCCCCUUCCAAAGUUCCUUUCUUCACCCCAUCCAAAGUUUUUCAUCUUCAUCCAAAGUUCCUUUCUUCACACCCCUUCCAAAGUUCCUUUUUUGUUUUAUAUUCCUUUCUUCACCCCCAUCCAAAGUUCCUUUCUUCGGUUUAUCUUUCCUUUCUUCCUUUCUCCAAAAGUUUUAUUUUUCCCCCCAUCCAAAGUUCUUUUUCACCCCCAUCCAAAGUUUUUUCUUCCCCCAUCCAAAGUUUCUUUUCUUGUUUUAUCUUCCAAAGUUCCUUUCUUCACCCCAUUCCCAAAGUUCCUUUGUUGUUUUAAGUUCCUUUUUCCUUUCCAAAGUUUUAUUCUUCCAAAUUUCCUUUCUGGUUUUUUUUUUCCCCAUCCAAGUUCCUUUCUUCACCCCCAUCCAAAGUUUUUUCUUCCCCCCAAAGUUUCUUUUUUGUUUUUUUCAUCUUCCCAAAGUUCCUUUCUGUUCCUUUCUUCACCCCCAUUUUAUCUUUCUUCACCCCAAAUUUCCUUUUCCCCAUCCAAAGUUUUAUUUUUCCCCCCAUCCAAAGUUCCUUUCUUCACCCCCAUCCAAAGUUCCUAUCUUCACCCCCAUCCAAAAGUUCCUUUCUUCACCCCCUUCCAAAGUUCCUUUCUUUUUUAUAUUUCCAAAGUUCCUUUGUUGUUUUAUAUUCCUAAAGUUCCUUUCUUUUAUCUUCAUCCAAAGUUUCUUUUUCACCCCAUCCAAAGUUUUUCUUUUCCCCAAAGUUCCUUUCUUUUUAUCUUUUCCAAAGUUUUCUUUCUUGUUUUAUCUUCCUAAAGUUCCUUUCCGGUUUUAUCUUCCCAAAAAGUUCCUUUCUUCACCCCCAUCCCAAAGUUUCUUUAUUGUUUUUCUUCUUCCCAAAGUUCCUUUCUUCACCCCCAUCCAAAUUCCUUUUCUUCACCCCCUUCUUCCUUUCUUCACCCCAUCCAAAGUUUCUUCACCCCAUCCAAAGUUCCUUUCUUCACCCCCAUCCAAAGUUUUUUCUUCCCCCCAUCCAAAGUUCCUUUCUUCACCCCAUCCAAAGUUUUAUUCUUCCCCCAAAAGUUCCUUUCUUUUUUUAUCAUCCAAAGUUCCUUUUUCACCCCCAUCCAAAGUUUUUUCUUCCCAAAGUUCCUUUCUUCCCCCAUCCAAAGGUUUCAUCCAAAGUUUAUUUCUUCCCCCCAAAAGUUCCUUUCACCCCCCAUUUUCUUCCCAUCCAAGUUCCUUUCCAAAAGUUUCUUUUCUUGUCCAAAGUUUUUUCUUCCCAAAAGUUCCUUUCUUUUUUAUCCAUCCAAAGUUCCUUUCUUCACCCCCAUCCAAAGUUCCUUUCUUCCCCAUCCAAAGUUUUUUCUUCCCAAAAGUUCCUUUGUUGAUUUAUUUCUUCCUAAAGUUCCUUUCUUUUAUCUUCCCAAAGUUUCCUUUCUGGUUUUAUCUUCCCAUCCAAAGUUCCUUUCUUGAUUUAUAUCCAAAGUUCCUUUCCGGUUUUACCCCCAAAUUUCCUUUCUGGUUUUAUUUUCCCCAAAGUUUUCUUUCUGGUUUCCUUUCUUCCCAUCCAAAGUUUCUUUAUUGUUUUAUCUUCCCAAAGUUCCUUUCUGGUUUUAUAUCCAAAAGUUCCUUUGUUCACCCCAUUCCAAAGUUCCUUUCUUUAUCUUCCCAAAUUUCCUUUUUAGUUUUAUUUUCCCAAAGUUCCUUUCUUUUUAUCUUUCCAAAGUUUCUUUAUUGUUUUAUCUUCCUAAAAGUUCCUUUCUUCACCCCCAUCAAAAGUUUAUUUCUUCCCCCAAAGUUCCUUUCUGGUUUUAUCUUCCCAAAGUUUCUUUAUUUCUUUAUCUUCCAAAGUUCCUUUUCUGGUUUUAUCUUCCCAAAGUUCCUUUCUUUCAAAGUUUUAUAUUCCCAAAGUUCCUUUUUCGGUUUUUAUCUUCCCCAAAAAGUUCCUUUCUGGUUUUAUUUUCCCAAAGUUCCUUUCUUUUUAUCUUCCCAAAGUUUCUUUAUUGUUUUAUCUUCCCAAAGUUCCUUUCUUCACCCCAUCCAAAGUUUUAUCUUCCAAAGAUCCUUUCUGGUUUUAUUUUCCCAAAGUUCCUUUCUUCACCCCCUUCCCAAAGUUUCUUUCUUCACACCAUCUUCCCAAAGUUCCUUUCUGGUUUUAUAUUCCCAAAGUUCCUUUGUUGUUUUAUCUUCCCCCAUCCAAAGUUCCUUUCUUCACCCCAUCCAAAGUUCCUUUUAUCUUCCCAAAGUUCCUUUCUUUUUAUUUUCCCAAAGUUCCUUUCUGGUUUUAUCUUCCCAAAGUUUCUUUAUUGUUUUAUCUUCCCAAAGUUCCUUUCUGGUUUUAUCUUCACCCAUCCAAAGUUCCUUUGUUGUUUUAUAUUCCUCCAAAGUUCCUUUCCGGUUUUAUCUUCCCAAAAGUUCCUUUCUGGUUUUAUUUUCCCAAAGUUCUUUUCUGGUUUUAUCUUCCCAAAGUUUCUUUCUUGUUUUAUCUUCCCAAAAGUUCCUUUUCUGGUUUUAUAUUCCGAAAGUUCCUUUGUUGUUUUAUAUUCCAAAGUUCCUUUCUUCACCCCUUCCAAAUUUCCUUUCUUCACAUUUUCCCAAAGUUCCUUUCUUCACCACCAUCUUCCCAAAGUUUCUUUAUUGUUUUAUCUUCCCAAAGUUCCUUUCUUCACCCCAUUCCAAAGUUCCUUUGUUGUUUUAUAUCCAAAGUUCCUUUCUUCACCCCAUCCAAAGUUCAAAUUUCCUUUUCCAAAGUUUUAUUUUCCCAAAGUUCCUUUCUUCACCCCCAUUUUAUUUUUCCAAAAGUUUCUUUAUUGUUUUCCUCUUCCUCCAAAGUUCCUUUCUUUUAUCUUCCCAAAGUUCCUUUCUUCACCCCCCUAUCUUCCCAAAGUUCCUUUAUUUAUUGUUUUAUCUUCCCCCAAAGUUCCUUUCUGGUUUUAUUCUUCCCAAAGUUCCUUUCUUCACCCCCAUAUAUUCAAAGUUCCUUUCUUUUAUCUUCCCAAAGUUCCUUUCUUUUUAUUUUCCAAAGUUCCUUUCUGGUUUUAUCUUCCCAAAGUUUCUUUAUUUUUAUCUUCCCAAAGUUCCUUUCUGGUUUUAUCUUCCAAAGAUCCUUUCUGGUUUUUCCUUUUCCCCAUCCAAGUUCCUUUCUGGUUUUAUCUUCCCAAAGUUUCUUUUUCACCCCAUCCAAAGUUUUUUCUUCCCCCCCAUCCAAAGUUCCUUUCUGGUUUUAUAUUCCCAAAGUUCCUUUGUUGUUUUAUAUUCCAAAGUUCCUUUCUUCACCCCCAUCUUCCCAAAGUUCCUUUCUGGUUUUAUUUUCCCAAAGUUCCUUUCUUCACCCCUUCCCAAAGUUUCUUUUUCAUUGUUUUAUCUUCCCAAAGUUCCUUUCUGGUUUUAUAUUCCCAAAGUUCCUUUGUUUUUUUCACCCCCAUCCAAAGUUCCUUUCUUUUUAUCUUCCCAAGUUCCUUUCUUCACCCCCAUCUUCCCAAAGUUCCUUUCUGGUUUUAUAUUCCCAAAGUUCCUUUGUUGUUUUAUAUUCCUAAAGUUCCUUUCCGGUUUUAUCUUCCCAAAAGUUCCUUUCUUCUUAUUUUCCCAAAGUUCCUUUCUGGUUUUAUCUUCCCAAAAUUUCUUUUUUUUUUUUAUCUUCCCAAAGUUCCUUUCUGUUCCUUUCCGGUUUUAUCUUCCCAAAGUUCCUUUCUGGUUUUAUCUUCCCAAAGUUUCUUUAUUGUUUUAUCUUCCCAAAGUUCCUUUCUGGUUUUAUAUUCCCAAAGUUCCUUUGUUGUUUUAUAUUCCUAAAGUUCCUUUCCGGUUUUAUCUUCCCAAAGUUCCUUUCUGGUUUUAUUUUCCCAAAGUUCCUUUCUGGUUUUAUCUUCCCAAAGUUUCUUUAUUGUUUUAUCUUCCCAAAGUUCCUUUCUGGUUUUAUAUUCCCAAAGUUCCUUUGUUGUUUUAUAUUCCUAAAGUUCCUUUUUAG